UUUUUUUUUUAAUAUAAACAAUGCUCCUUGAGAUCUCUUUUGCCUCCGACUUUCUUUGCCGCUACGUGGCCAGUUCCUCUUCUUGCACGCCUCAGAUAAUUGAGGCAUUCAAGAAGCAGAUCAUCGUCCUUAUGCAAGAAAAGUAUACCAAUCAUUGGGACCCACAGAGACCUCACUAUGGCAAUGGUUACAGAGCCAUCACUUCCUUUGGUGGAAAAGUUGAUCCUCUCUUGUGUGAGACUAUGUGUUUUCAUAAGAAUAAGAAUGAGUCUCGAAAACAUCAACCCAAUGUUUUAAUGUUUUAUGACGAGCACCAAAAACUCUUAUCUCAUUUGACAUUUUUGGCUGCCAAAAAAAGUGAUUUGCCUCUGGAGACCCUGGCUGGUCACAUUCCUCGUGAUUUAGUUCUCUGGGUGGAACCUUUCUCUGUCUCGUUCCGUGUUGGCGAUCAUGGUAACAUCAACACUAUCUACGACGCCACCCGUUCCAAAGUCUCAAUGAAGCCUGAUACUUCGGCCACUACUAUGAAGCCAUUCCAACCAAAGCCCGUGCCUUCGCGUGCUGUCCGAAUCUCGCCUCCUCCUUCCCCUCCUACUCCCAACUUCCGUCCUGCUAGGAUCUCGCAUGCUAUCCCUAUCACUAGUCCUCUGACUAAGACCCAGAUUAUUACCCCUAGCACUACUCCUACGCCAACCUCCGCCAAGAUUCCCAUCAUGGCUCAUUAAGCACACACAUACACAUACAG